UUUUUUCAGAGUGCUGUUUGCUGCUUUCUGGCUCUGUUUGAGGCUUUUAAAUCUGAAAGGCUGUAAACAGAGGCUUGAAAGUUUUCUGCAAAUAGAAUGUUUGGACAGAAAAGCAUCAUACUUUAACCUAAACCUGGAAUCCCUGCUAUGAAUGGCUUUGUCCGUGGAUUCGGCUUUGUACUGUUGGCAGCAACUGGGAGCUCACAGUCCCUCCCAGGCUCUAUCAAAAUCAACACCACUGCUGUUUUAAGUCAGAGACAAACCAAAACUAGUCUAAACAAAUGGAGGAUUGUGUUGCCUGACAACGGGAGACAGCGGAAAGACUAGAAACAAGCAUCUACGUUUUAUUCUGGAAACAGGAUACAGACCACAAAAUACACACGGUUCACUUUUUUUCCCCCAAAAUCUUUUAGGACAGUUUCACAGGUAAAAAAAUUCAUUCAAUGAUCAGUGAGAUUCAAGAACUCUCUCUGAAACUGUGAUAUUUGAGUGUGAUGGAGAAGGGCUGCUUUUGUAGUUGCAACCAGACUAAAAUUUAGCUGAUGAUAAUUUGUAACAAAAUGGAACUCAGUUGACACUGAAAUGGAGGAUUAAAACAAGCACAGGGAGUGCUUAACUGCUGCUGUGACCAGCUUUUUUAAUUGAAUGCUGCAACAGUUCUCUUUGUUAAAAAAUCAAGUUUUUAUUUCAAAAUCCUUCUGGUUUUGUGUUGCAUAAACCUCUGAUUUUUAGAGCAUAAAAAAAUUCAUUGGAUGCGUUGAGACACCUAUGAAAUUCUGUGGAUUUCAGUAGCUCAAUUUUGAUACAUUUUUAAUGUCACAAAGUGACUGCCUACCUAUGAAGACAUGUGCAAGGUCAAGUUUCUUUCUAAAUGCUGGUUUAAAGUUAUGUAAAACCCCUAGCAUAAAGAAAAAAGUCUAAAAGAUGCCCAGAGAACCAUCAUCACAGUAAAGAGAACUGGAAGUUGUACAUCCAUCUCAAGCUUUGAAAUUUUCAUUCUGUUGACUAGAUUUGCCCAUUCCUAAUUCAACCUGCCAUUUGCAGAAUCCCUCAUACAUUCCUGAUGGGAACAUUUCUGUAAUUCAUUGGUUAUUUUUUUAGGGUUUGUCUGGCUUUUGCUUAAUUAAUGUUGUGCUUAUUUUCAAGACUGAAGUGGUGAGGGGCCAUUAAAGACCUUGGCAAUCCCAGAGACAAAUAGUGUUUGUAACACGUGAGAAAACUGGAGAUAGUUAUAAUAGUAUGAAAAUGUAUGUCACAGGCUCUUCUAAAGAAAAAAAUAGCAUCUUGGUUAAGCAGAUGAUUAAUUCAUUCUGGAGAAAGGAAAAGGAGGGUAGAGGAGUGAAAUUAUUACUGUUCCUUUGACACAGAAUGGGGCUUGUUCAUUAAAGAAAGGACACAUUCUAAUUUCUGACUACUUUUAAUUAAUUUUUUGCAUUUUCAGGCUGAGUAAUCUUUAUUUUUUCUUUCUGGUGGUUCUGAACUGGUUCCCACAAGUGGAAGUCUUCCACAGGGAAGUUAUGAUGCUGCCUCUGGCUGUGCUGCUGCUUGCCACCAUGAUUAAGGAUGCUAUUGAAGACUACAGAAUAUACUAGUAUGAUAAGACAAUAAACUUCACUAAAACCAGGGUAUAUGACAACCAUUAAAGAUGCUUGGGAGGACUUCCGGCGGUAUAAAUUAGACAAAGAAAUCAAUCAUAUGGGAUGCUACAUUUACAGCAGGGAGGAACAUGCUUACGUGGAGAAGUGCUGGAAAGAUGUCAGAGUGGGAGAUUUUGUGCAGCUGCAGUGUAACGAGAUCAUCCCAGCAGAUAUGCUGCUGCUCUACUCCUCUGAUCAGAACGGGAUCUGCCACCUGGAAACUGCCAACCUUGAUGGGGAGACCAACCUCAAACAGCGCCAGGUUGUGAUGGGGUUCAGCAGCCAGGAUACUGUGUAUGAACCAGAAUUUUUCCAAAACAUCAUCAUCUGUGAAAUGCCAAACAAUGAUCUCAAUAAAUUCACAGGUUAUAUGGAGCAGCCAAACCAUGAACAGGUAGGUUUCAACAUUGAAAACCUCUUGCUUCGUGGAUGUACAAUCAGAAAUACUGAGGCCGCAGUAGGAAUUGUUAUAUAUGCAGGUCAUGAAACAAAGGCCAUGCUAAAUAACAGCGGCCCUCGUUACAAGCGCAGCAGGAUAGAGCAGCGGAUGAAUAUGGAUAUUUUCAUAUGUGUGGGACUCCUGUUUGUGAUGUGCCUUGUUGGAGCUGUAGGGCAUGGCAUUUGGACAGGAAACUUUUGGCAGCAUCCACCUUAUGAUGUCCCAGAUAAGAAUGGCAAUUUUGUGUCUCCAGUUCUUGCCGGUUUCUACAUGUUUCUGACAAUGAUAAUCCUGUUGCAGAUUUUAAUCCCCAUAUCUCUUUAUGUGUCAAUUGAGUUGGUCAAGAUGGGCCAAGUCUUCUUAAUUCACAAUGAUAUUGACCUGUAUGAUGAAGAAGCAGGUUUGUCCAUCCAGUGCCGUGCCCUCACUAUUACUGAAGACCUUGGACAAAUCCAGUAUAUCUUCUCAGAUAAAACUGGGACGCUAACAGAAAACAAAAUGGUAUUCCGACGCUGCACUGUUGAUGGAAUUGAAUUUCCCCAUCAGGAAAAUGACAGGCGACUGAAAACACGGAAAGAAUUUAAUUUAGACAAUGAGGAUUUUGCAAAACUUCAACAUUUCACUCUUCCUCCCAUGAAUCUUGAGAGAUCAGCCACUUAUAAGCACAGUACCUUGAGAUCUUUGAGGAGGUGCCAGAGUGACCGCGUGCAUUUUCAGGGGCACGCAAGGAACAGGUCAGUUGGUCAACAUGACAGCAACCAGUCUCAAGUGGCCUUCAGCAGCCCCAUUGAAAAGGACGUGAGUCCUGAUAGCAGGCUGCUGAGGCGGGUGCGAGAAGCUGCUCUCCAGACUGAAAGUUUUUCUCCUUUUAUACAUACGAAGACUUCCUUUACUGACUUUUUUCUUGCUCUUGCCAUUUGCAAUACAGUUCUGGUUUCCACAACAACUGAGCCAAGACAAAGGGUCACUAUCCCACCACCAAUAAAACCUGCAGGAAUCACCCUGGAGAGAAUUAAUCAGAUAUUUCAAAGGCUAAAAUUAGCAAGCCUUAGUCAGUCUUUUUCAUCAUCUCAGUCUAGUUCAUGCCUUCGUGCCAGCCUCAGUGCAAAGAACACUGAGGAGCCUCUUGCUGUGCUGGAAAGUUGUGACAAUGAAACCAACUGUUCUGCCAGCAGUAGAGGCCAGGAACUCCAGGACAAGGGCAGCACAGAUAUUGGUAUUGCUUCUUUGGAUGAAGUUUUUAGGCCUGUGACUAACCAGUCUCUGCCAACAGACUUUUGUUACGAGGCUGAGAGCCCAGAUGAGGCAGCUCUUGUCUAUGCUGCCCGGGCCUAUGGCUUCAUUCUUGUGUCCCGGACACCUGAACAGGUCACUGUGCAGCUGCCACAGGGCACACUUCUGACCUUUGAUAUCCUCUACACUUUGGGAUUUGACUCAGUCCGGAAAAGGAUGUCUGUAGUGGUGAGACACCCUUUAACCAAGGAGAUUGUUGUCUACACAAAAGGUGCUGACUCUGUAAUAAUGGACCUGCUGGACAACUCUUCCGAAGGUGACAUUAGCAUAGAGAAGAGACUGAAAAGAAUAAAAGAAAGAACACAGAAGCAUCUGGACUACUAUGCCCGUGAUGGACUGCGAACUCUGUGCAUAGCUAAGAAGGUCUUGAAUGAAGAUGACUUUCAAAAAUGGGCCAGUUUUCGUCAGGAGGCAGAAGCUGCGAUUGACAACAGAGAGCAGCUGUUAAUAGAGACAGCACAGCAUCUGGAGACCAAAUUCACCCUGCUGGGAGCAACAGGGAUUGAAGAUCGCCUGCAAGAUGGAGUACGUGACACUAUUGUGUCUCUCCGAGAAGCUGGGAUAAAAAUUUGGAUGUUGACAGGAGACAAACAGGAGACAGCAGUUAACAUUGCAUACUCCUGUAAACUUCUGAACCAAAGGGACACUGUCUUCACCAUUAACACUGAAAAUAAGGAAACUUGUGAAUCUCUCUUGAAUUUAACCCUGGAAGAGGUGAAGAAGAAUUAUGGGUACAACAAACCACAAAGGAAAUUUUUUGACAUCAUCCCAACAUCUUUCUCAGUCUCUGAGGCCCCCAGACCUGAGUUUGGGUUGGUGAUUGACGGACAGACACUGAACAUCAUCUUCCAGGGAGGGCUGGAGGAGAAGUUCCUGGAGCUGACACAGCACUGCCACUCUGUGCUCUGCUGCCGCUCCACUCCUCUGCAGAAGAGCAUGGUGGUCAAGCUCGUCCGGAGACAGCUUAAAGUGAUGACCCUGUCCAUAGGGGAUGGUGCAAACGACGUAAGUAUGAUUCAAGCAGCUGAUGUUGGAAUUGGAAUAUCCGGCCAAGAAGGCAUGCAGGCUGUGAUGGCCAGUGACUUUGCAAUAACCCGAUUUAAGCAUCUCAAAAAGCUCCUUCUUGUCCAUGGACAUUGGUGCUAUGCUCGCCUGGCAAAGAUGGUGAUUUACUUUUUCUACAAAAAUGUGUGCUAUGUCAACCUGCUCUUCUGGUAUCAGUUCUUCUGUGGAUUCUCAGGCAGCACCAUGGUAGAUUACUGGCAGAUGAUUUUUUUCAAUCUCUUCUUCACCUCUGUGCCUCCUCUUCUCUUUGGAGCCCUUGAUAAAGAUGUUUCUGCAGAAACACUCCUACGUCUGCCUGAGCUGUACAAGAAUGGACAAAAUUCAGAGAUAUACAACUUGUCAACUUUUAUUAUUACAAUGUUGGAUGCCUUCUAUCAAAGCCUCGUCUGCUUCUUUGUCCCCUAUUUGAUGUACAAAGACUCUGACAUAGACGUGUUUUCCUUUGGAAACCCCAUCAACACCGUCUCCCUCCUGACCAUUCUCUUGCACCUGGCUCUAGAAAUGAAAACAUGGACCGUGCUGCAGCUGGUGACCAUGAUCUUCAGUGUGGCUUUAUACAUCAUCUUCUCCGUAAUCUACAGCGCUGCCUGCCUGGUUUGCAACCCUCCCACCAACCCUUACUGGAUUAUGGAGAGACAGCUCAAAGACCCCGUCUUCUAUUUACUGUGCCUUAUUACCCCUGUCAUUGCUCUCUUACCAAGGUUCUUUAUUUUUUCUCUACGAGGAACCUUUGGAGCAUCUCUUAUUCUGAAAGCACAGCAAGUAGAUAAACUUCCUAAGGGGCAGCAGGAUCUUGAAAUCCAGAAACUAAGAUCAAGGAAAGAAGCUAGUUCUGGUGCACCUGUGGCAUCACCUGCAUCUAAUGAUGACCUUCACCAAAGCAUCAACCACUUAUGUGUGUCACCGUUUCUACAUCCAGCAGCAGCCCUAUCUCACAGGGACACAGAAAAUCACAGAGUUUCUGCCUCUGAUAUUCUCGGGAGAAAGACACGUGAGGAAGGCUAUUACUUCUUUAAUAGGUGGGCAGAGGAAGAAUCUGCUGCUACUGAUUUUUCAGCAGAGCAUUCCUCUGGCCAUCAUCCCCUUGUACCCAGCAGGGAAACAGCUCCUGGGCAGGAUGGUGGCAAUCUGACUAAAGAUUAUCCCAACAACUUUAACUAUGGAAGCCACCAGCGGUCAUUGAGUUCAGCGACACUCUGAAGAAACAUUCAGAAAUGGAACCCACAGCCCAUGUGGAGAAGGACUCAACAGGGAAAAUAAAAAUGUUUAUGCUUAAGCAUUGUGCUCACUAAAAAUGGAGAGAGAGGUGACUGGAGUAGUGCAAUAGCAACUCCAAUAUGCAACAUUCACUGAAUGCAUCAUUGUCUGGGUUAUCAUUACAUGGCUUUUUGAUUUUCUCAGUUUGGUCAUGUUACAAGAACAUUACAUGAGCAUCAUGCAGUUGCUGAGAAUUGCACAAUUACUUUCUUUCAACAAACAUUUUCAUAUCAUAUUAAUAGGGACUACUAGUUUCAAUGUUGUUGUUGAUAUUACGCUGUUGAGUUAAUAGAGAAUCCAUUUUUUAUUAAACCAAGUCUUAAAGCAAUGCAUCCCACUCUAGAUUUUUACUAUCAAAAUCUUAUAAAGAGCUCAGUAACUUAAAAAUUAUCAUUCUGCAUGAAAAAUUAUUAUCUGCAGAUACUAAAGGUACUUGCAGAAUAACAACAAUGGACAGACAUUAGAUAAUGUUCCAGGUUUUAAUAUAUGUACUUUAUGCAUGCAACAUUAUCAGCUCUACAGCCUGUUUUCCCUGAAGAGUAAGCUUAGGAUUUUUAUGCAGAUAGUGGUUUGACCUGAUAUUGUUAAGAAGAGGAUAAAUGAGCUUAUGAAGAUGAAGAAUACAAAUACUGAACUAUGUGAACUGCCAAGACAACUUGGUGGUAAGUGGAGUCUACUUCUUCAUACCUACAAAAGUAGACAUAUAUAACAAGUUACAUUCAAGGACUUAUGUCCUAGAAUUCUAAAGCUGUCCCUGAUUUUUCCUCUAGAAAUUCAGUUUCUUAUUUCAAUAACCUAUAUUAUGUGGUGCUGCUGCUUUCAAUCAAGUAUGAAUCAUGCUCCUCCACACAGUUGGUCGCAUUCAUCAGUUGAUGGAUCUCAAUGAUGGAGAUUUUGACAAGCCAUAUAUGAAGGUUGCUAAUCACAUUGCAGUAAGUAUAUGGUGUAAAAUGACCAAAAUAUGCAUAAUAUGUUAACCCUUUUGGUAUCUUAGGGCACAAAUAUGCAGAAGAAAACGGUAAGAUGUCACCAUCAUAACUACUCAUUGCAAUGCAAUGAAAGGUGACUUUGGUAUUUCUUAUUGAAAUGUUGACUAGGAAGACCGUUUCCCAAGCUUUUCUUUACAAUGUGGAGUGAAAUCUUGCCUAGUUUAAAAUUCAAACCAUCUGUACUUUUGUAAAUCUACCACUGGUUCUGAUUUAAUAGGUUUUUAGCCUUUUUUUAUAUAUGCUGCGACAUACGAUGUAAGACAAUUUGUGAUCUUUCUAAUAACCUAUUUAGCAAAUGCUAAUUUAACUUCUGUAUGUUAUAAUAAUUGCUGUAGCUAGAGUCUUCAAGUUCGUACCUUAAAACAACUCAGGCAAAACUGAGUAGCAUAUCUCCCACUGGGAUUUCUGGUAGCCAGAGCAAGAUCCUAUGUAAGAACUCCUUUUGUUAGAUUAUUAAUUGUCAGCAGUUAAACAAUUCAGUAAGGUUUUUUUUUGCUUGAAGAACAAAAUGAAAGAAAUUAGAUAUAGAUGAAAUUACUGUUAUUGGAGAGUGAGAUUGCUCAAAUGUUUGCUCACUAGCUGGGAAUGAACCUGGGGCAACAAGACUAAAGAUAAAUUCUUUACCAUUUGCAGCUUUUUUUUACAUUAAAUGGUCCAUUUCCUUUGAACUUAAA